AUGCCCGCUCGCAAGAAUACCGGCACAGUUCGCAAGGUCGGAAAAGGCGUGCUGAACUCGAAGCGAGGUCGACGGCAGGCAAUGGCGGAGUCGCGAAGCACGCCCAACCUCAGGCCGCACGAUGACACCAAGAAGGUGUCGGACAGUGGGAAGGACCAUUUUGUCGGUCAGCUGUGCAGGAAUGCGGCCAGCUUGAUUGGCACUUCAGGAGUCCCAGUCAUAGUUCUGUCGGCCCAGACCUUGGCGGUCAUGGAUGCUGCUGCUCCAGGCAAUGCUUUAUCUCCUCUGCUUGUGUUUAUGGCGGCAGAGAUGGACAUAACAACAUCGCAGAAGGGAAAUUUGUUAUCGGCCAUAGCCGCCGGAUACUUUUUCACGCAGGUUCCGGGCGGUGUGCUAGCUGAUUGGCUUGGAGCCAAAAACGUCAUGACGACAGCUAUGAUGUUGAGUGCUUUAUGUUGCCUGAUGCUUCCUGUGGUUGUGGAUACCCUUGGCUUGUCCGGGUUGUGGUGCGUGAUGGCCGUGAUGGGUGCCGUGCAGGACCGGCCGCAGUGUGACACUUUCCAACAAGCAGCGAAGCGUAUCCUCGGUGUCGGUCUUCGCUGCUUUCGGAAAGCAAGGUGGAUGCCCAAAGCAGUGCCCGGGGGAAGUGACGAGAAGGCGCAGCAGAUGAAGCACAGAAAGUGUGUGGCAAUUGCUGGUGUGCGCUCUUUGUAUGCAGCCUUUUCAACUCCAGCCCACCCGGAUCAGUCCCUGACACUUGCCUGGGUCAUGGCAGCAAACAAGCUGACGCUGAAGGUGUCCUACCAGGGAGAGGUCCGUCGGCUUCGGGAUUGGCCAGGCGAGGAUGAGCCCAGUUUCCCGGGGCUCGUCGACGCAGCUCUCAGCCUCUUCGACUUGUCGGAGACCCAUCGGUACAGCAUCCGCUACCAGGAUGGUGAUGGCACUGCUGUGCUGCUGACUCAGAGCAACUUCAGUGAUGCCUUGUCGUUGGCCUUCCAAGAUGGGCUGCUGCGGCUAAGCCUCGAGCCGCCAGAGGAAGCUCCCGAGCAGGCCCAUCAGCCCCUCGAGCCCACCAUGGCUUCGGCAGAUCCGACAGGUGCCGAAGGUCCCUUCACCUCCGGCUGGUCUUGCUUCAAAGAGCAAGUGGUCAGCGAUUUCCAGAUGAAUCGGCGGGAUAUGCAGGAGGCAUUCAGAUCCAGUGGUGAGCAGCAUCCGGCCUUGAAUGUGUGUGGCAAAGUCGCAGGGGUCACAGCAGGUGUCUGUGCCUCCGCACGACUGAUACCGCUACACGGGACGCGCCUGGCUGCUCGGAGUGUGGCUGCUGCGGCCAACAUGCCGGUACCGGAGUCGGAGACGCCGGUACCAAUGGCCACCGACAUGGAAGCUGACAGCGAUGUCCAGCAUUUCAAGCAACAGGUCCUUCAAGACUUUCAGAUUGGCCGCCAAGAAAUUCAGACGGCUUUCGGAUAUUUCACAGGGGGGAGCUCUUCGGAGACGGCUUCUCAGCCCCCUAGGCUUGGACGAGAUGUUCUCCCUGCGGUAGCUUCAACGGUUGCUGGCCUCACGGUGGCGACCACGCUGGUGCCUUUACGGGCCGCAAGGUUGGUGGUUGCCAGCUUAGCCCAGCGAUCGGAAGCACAGCCGGAGCAGCAAGCCGAGCUGCAAGCUGAGCGACACGAUUUGCCAGGUGGCGCGACUCAGGCCGUGUCAGGCUCUUUCCCCGGCCCUUGA